CAGGAGGAGCUUGGCUGUGGCUUUCCAGGCUGAGAGUAAGGAGCAGGAGCAGCCAGACUCAGAUGAGGAUGAAGAGGCUUUGAAGAGGGGCCUAGCUGAGAUUGUCUCCAAUCUCAGUGACGGAGACACCUCCGAGGACGAGGAGGACAGCAGCGAGGACGAGGACGCUACUAAGCUGGGACCCAUUUUUGGAGGCCGGUCAAAGGCCUCCAAAAUGAGGAAGCUGUCCUUCCCUCCCUCCAUUGAGAAAUACAUGGAGGACUAUAGAAGCAGCAUCGGCUGGUGACCCGGGAAGCCCUGGCGACCUGCCAGUCCUUGGCCCGGGCCAACAUCCCCGAGCUCCUGGGCAACAUUGAGAAAGCCCCUCUCCGGCACCCACCAACGAGAUACCGGUUCUUCGGGUACCUCGGGGCCUACAUAGCCUCAAUAUAUGGCCACAGGACAGGAGUGCUGACCUGCAUGAGGGUGAAGGAGGUGAAGGAGGCCCUGGGGGACGACAGCACGGGGUACCUCAUCAAUGUCAGGGACCAUAAAACACUGAGGAAGUUUGGCCUGGCCCAACUCUACCUUGAUGGAGAAGAGUACGGGUGGUGUAAGCGGUGGCUUGACCUCAGGAGGAGGUGCGUGGCCACCAACCCGUACUUCUUCUCCUCCUUUGGGAAGGGCCAGGCCAAGGACAUGGUGAGAUAUGUCCGGAGGGCCUGGGCAGAGAUGGGACUGCUGGGGAGCCCUUCCCUCCUGGAUGUUAGGAGCGCUGUGGCCACCUACAACUUUGAGUCAAACAAGAAGGAGGACCGGGAGAAAGUGGCCUCCUUCAUGUGCCACUCAGUGGCCACCCAGGAGCGCUUUUACGCUCUCCAUAAGACGGUGGCCCUGGCUGGGAAAAUGCUCCAGCUCUUUGUGAUGUCCAGCCUGGAGGAGAAGGAGCUGGCAGCACCCCCGCCAUCACCCCCACCAGUGUCUCCAAGGAAGAGCAGCGGCGAAAGCAGCCUAAAAAUCACUGCCCGCCGCAUUAGAAAGAGGCUCUUGAGCCCGGCCACAACGCCAGAAAGUAAACUGCGUAUGAGGGCGAAGGUGGUGCUCUCGAAGGAAUCUGGCAUGGAUAGGAGAGUACCUCUCCUUGGUCUUCCUCAGGCAAUGACACACUGGUAGCUGUGGGAAAUAGCUGGCAUAGAUGCGCUCUGCUUGGUGCUCAGAGAAGGAGUGAGCUGCUCCAGUCUCUCUGCCACUUAUAUAGCCACGAGUCCUGUGCUGAUUGGCUGUUAGAAAGACUCCCAAGUAAGUCACAUUUGCAACUCACUUAUAUGUUAUCUUUUUUUAGGUUAAUCGUAUUGUGAUUUAUUUAGGUCUGAUAUUUUUUUAAGUUAGUAAUAUUGUGUUUUAGUUAUUUGUUGUUUUUAAGAUAGAGGUAUUAUAAUUUAUUUGUCAAAUUUAUUUUUGAGUCAGUGGCAUUAAUAAUUCUCUUAUUUAUUUAACUUAUUUCCACCCUAAAAGCUGAAAUUGUCUUUUUAAUUAACUUAUGAUGUCCGAAAUGAAUUUUUUAAUGUGUUUUUCCAAAAAUGAAUUGUUUUUUAAUGUUAUGUCAAACAUGACUUAUUUUAACGUUGUAUUGUCCAAAAUGAAUUAUUUUAAUGAGUAGAUGUAAAAAUUGAAUCAUUUUUAAUGUGUUGAUGUCUCCCAUGAAUUGUUUUUUAACCCCAUGUCGUCCAAAAUGAAUUAUGUUGACUGGGUUGAAUAGACAAAUUACUUUUGAUUGUAGAUUAUGACAUAAAUCUGAUAGAUAAAUACUCGGGACCAUAUGGAUAUUAUUAAAAUAUAUUUAAUAAAGGACCAUAACAAAUUGUUUUGUUAAAUUAAUCAACAUGCAAUUUAAGUUUAAUUCGUGAGGCUAACAACCUUGCAAUAAAACCAAAAUGCAUAAAAAAAGUUAAAAAUUCAUCCAAUUUAUGCAAUUAUGAUCAUUCAUGAACAUUCUCUAAUGUUUGUUUGUUUGCCAUGUUGUUAUAAUGCACAUUGAAUGAAAAAUGUAAAACGGGUACAUCAAUACAAUUACCCUGAAAUCAACCACUAUGGACUAUGGCCAUUACAGUUUGUUUUCUCCAAAAUAAUGAUGAGAAAUGACUUGUAAUUAUUUUGAAGUAAUGUUUGUUUGACUUGUCAGGGUACAGUUCCAGUUCCUCUGCCUUUCUUUAGCCAUCUUCAUUAUCUGCAUUAUCUCCGUUUCACAAUAAGCUAAAGUGAUAUUGUGACCUUGAAGUCCCAGUUUGGGAGCUGACUUGACAUUUGGGUCUGACUGGAGUUGUUGGUCUGACUGGGGAAUCAGGGCCUACAGGAGGCUGUUAAAUAUUUCCAGUUGCCCUUUCCUGGCCUUACUCCUACCAUGAGCCUCUCUCCACUUCUUUCUCUCUCUCACUACCAUCUUUUUGUCUUUCUUUCUCCCUUUUUCCAUGUCUUUUUUCCACUUCUGUCUCUCUUUUUCUAAGUACUCCUGUCUCCUCUGUUCAUCAGCAUCUCGCCUGGCACGGUAGAGCUUCUGCUUUUCAGCAGCACUCAAUGUUGCUGAAGAACUCUGUCAAAAUCAAUUUAAAGAUAGUCAAUUACUCUAUUGAAAACAACCUUAAAAUGAUUUGAAAACAGUUCAGUAAAUAUUGACUGAAUAAUUCCACCAAUAUUGUUGCAACUUGCCUAGACUAAUACUAAUGAUAAUAUUUAAAACUAGAUUUUGUUCAAUUAUAUGUACAAAUUAGAUUUUACGAUUGAUAACAGUGAUUGUCUCCUCUGAGUGAACUUAAAGAGAUUCAACCCUGUUACUGUAGUUCAAGCCUGUUACUCUAAUUACAGUAACAGGGUUGCAAAUUGGUACUAAUGUUGGCUGUUUAGCAGAAAAAAGAUGCUAGCUAUGGAAUGUACUGUUCCUGUAAGGUUGAGAACAAACCUAGUUAUUUAAAGGAACAAAGAAAACUGUGAAAAUAUGAGUAACAGGGUUGCAUUGCUUAGAGGGACACACUCGACCAAGGCCAAUGAAAUAUGAAGUGUUUUUACACUUACAAAAUACAUAAAUCAACAAAAUAAUUUAUAAAAAAAAGUAACCUUAUUUUAACCACUUUAUUUGACAUGCAUGUUGGCCAUCAAGAGGGUGGGACAAGAGAAAAAGGCAAUUUUAGGGGGUGUUUAGAGUAAUUUUAUAUUUUAAAUAAUAUUUUGGAACCAGUUUUUGUAUAACUCUAUUCAUAUUUUGUCUCAUAAUUAUAAUUUUCACCACAAAUGCACGUUUUGGAUUUUUAUGCAUGAUUUAUUUGAAAAUUAAUGGGUGGGACAUAAAAUGUCCUCCAAUUCUGGAAUGACCCACAUAUUUGCCAUUUCCACCUCUUGUAUUCAAAUAUCUAUGCAUGCUGUGGGGAAUUACUAAGAAAUGCUUAGACAGUCACGUUGUAAGUAGUCACGUUGUAAGUAAGCAUUUCUUAGUAAUAGACAGAGAGUUUCAUAAGUCAACAGUUAUAACUUAUGAAACUCUGUCUAUUACACAAGUUUUGACUUAAAAUGCACUUUUCACAUCUUCAUUCAUAACGUGUAAUAGAGUGACGUUGUGAGUGGAAAUGCAGAAUUUUAAAGAGGCAGUUAUCAGUUGCAAAUCACUGAUUUUAUUUAUUUUUUGCCCCAUCUGCGACCGGGUCUUCAAGGGUGUGGCCAAACACCUGAGAACCUGGCACAAGGUGGAGAAUGUGGCGGAGAGGGCCAUUUUAAAUCAGCUGGCCACAGGCAGGGUCAACCUGGGCUCAGGACCCUGCCCUGUUCCAGGCUGCCUCUCCAGGUUUUGUCCCCAGCUGGAGAGGCACAUCAUGAGCCACAGGUCCCACCUCACAGCUGCACGCCUCCAGAGGGUUCUGGAGGCUGCCAAGAGGCGUGUGGCUGUAAAACGACUGAGGGACCUGAGGGCCACCAACCCCAACCCGCCCCUGAAGUCCACCCUGGACGUGGAGGAGGAGGAGAGGGAGGAGGAGAAGACUGUUUAUAUAGUAGUGUAAAUAUUUGUUUGUUUUUCGGAAGAAAACCCCCCCCAAAAAAGGGAUUUUAUAUACUAGUGUAAAUAUUUGUUUGAAGUUAGGAUUAGGAUUUUAUAGAGUAGUGUAAAUAUUUUAAUAGUUUAGUAUUUAAGUAUGUAGUAUGUAAGCAUUUUAUUUAUUUUAUAUAGUAGUGUAAAUAUUUGUUUGUUUUUCAGAAAAAAAAACCCCAAAAUUAGGAUUUUAUUAUAUAGUAGUGUAAAUAUUUGUGUAGUUUAGUAUUGAUGUAAGCAUGUUAUUUUUUACAUAUA